CUCCUCGGGGAUGCCGGGAUGUUUACACUCCUGACAGCGGCGGCCGCGCGAGGAGGAGCGGGAGCCGCGGGAGGAUGGGCCGCCGCUAGCUUCGCUCCGGGGCCAGUUUUAAAGUUUCUGUUGCUUCAAACAAUGGAUGAACAAUCACAAGGAAUGCAGGGGCCACUUGUUCCUCAGUUCCAGCCACAGAAGGCCUUACGACCGGAUAUGGGUUAUAAUACAUUAGCCAACUUUCGAAUAGAAAAGAAAAUUGGUCGUGGACAAUUUAGUGAAGUUUAUAGAGCAUCUUGUCUCUUGGAUGGAGUACCAGUAGCUUUAAAAAAAGUGCAGAUAUUUGAUUUAAUGGAUGCCAAAGCACGUGCUGAUUGCAUUAAAGAAAUAGAUCUCCUCAAGCAACUCAACCAUCCAAAUGUAAUUAAAUAUUAUGCAUCAUUCAUUGAAGAUAACGAACUAAACAUAGUUUUGGAAUUAGCAGAUGCUGGUGAUCUAUCCAGAAUGAUAAAGCAUUUUAAAAAACAGAAGAGGCUGAUCCCUGAAAGAACCGUGUGGAAGUACUUUGUUCAGCUCUGCAGCGCGCUGGAGCACAUGCAUUCGCGCAGAGUCAUGCACAGAGAUAUAAAGCCAGCUAAUGUGUUCAUUACAGCCACUGGGGUGGUAAAGCUUGGAGAUCUUGGGCUUGGUCGGUUUUUCAGUUCCAAAACCACAGCUGCACAUUCUUUAGUGGGUACACCUUAUUACAUGUCUCCAGAGAGAAUACAUGAAAAUGGAUACAACUUCAAAUCUGACAUCUGGUCUCUUGGCUGUCUACUGUAUGAGAUGGCUGCAUUACAGAGUCCUUUCUAUGGUGACAAAAUGAAUUUAUACUCACUGUGUAAGAAGAUAGAACAGUGUGACUACCCACCUCUUCCUUCAGAUCACUAUUCAGAAGAACUGCGACAGUUAGUUAAUAUGUGCAUCAACCCGGAUCCAGAGAAGCGACCAGACAUCACCUAUGUGUAUGAUGUAGCAAAAAGGAUGCACGCAUGCACUGCAAGCAGCUAAACACGCAAAAUCAUGAAGAGCAUAACCAAAAUAAUUUAAAGUAUUUUGUGCAGAUCAUACCUCCCCGUUCUUGUCUGGGUGUUAAGAUUAAUAUUUCAGAGCUAAUGUUCUUUGAAUCCUUAACCAGUUUUCAUAUCAGCUUCAUCUUGUACCAGUCUAAGUCACCUUCUUGCAAACCCAAAAUGACUUCGAGGUAACCAAGCUGCAUGUUAGCAAAGAACGUGGUUCAGGACAGUAGUCGCCGAAGGUUUUUGACUGAGAGUUACUAUAUUUUUUUUUAUUAAUACGUGUUUGCAGUACACUUUUUGAUGGUAAAUUGUACUUAGAGUGUCAGUGCCAAAUAACAAGGUUGCAUCCUGUAGACAUCAAGGUAGAUGCGAAACCUGAGGAAAUACUUGCUGAUCCACCACAAAGGGAAUGUAGAGUUUUCUUAAUUGUAAUUGCCAUAAGUUUAGGGAACUAGGUGUUUUCAAAAUUGUAUAUGAUAUUUUAUACUUUCUGUCUUGAAAAUGUGUCUUUAGGAAUGAUUUAAACAUUCUGAAAACUUACAAAUCUGAAUAUUUGACUUGUUUGCUUUUUGUAGUCACUUAUGGACAUUUAAUUUGAAGUGUACAUCUUAGCUCUUCUGCAUUAUCACUGUCAGAUAUAAUUCUUAUAAUAAUUGUAAGCAUAAACUAGUUGAUAAACAUUUAGAUUCUUAGCUUAUACAUUCAAAAUGCAUUUAUCAAAUGUGAAAAGAUUGGGGGCAAAAUGUGAGUCAGACACUGAAGAGUCUAUUAUUUUAAUAGCUUUGAUAUUCUAUUUACAUUAAAAUGGUAUAAAUGAAUCCAUUUAAAAAGUGGUUAAGGAUUUCUUUGGCUGGUUUGAUAGUUUUUAAAGUUGCACGUUGCUCAAGGCUUUUUGUUUAUUGUUUGUAUGUACAUUUGAAAAAUACUCUGAAUAAUCUUACAGUACUAUAUUUCAGUUUCUUUAUAAGUCUAAAUGUAUUUUAACUCAUAAUUGUACACUAUAAUGUAAGCAUAUGUUUUUAUUGAAGAUUUUAUUAAAGUUCUGAUUGGUCCCCUUCAGAAA